CCUGUUGCGUUCGAGAUUCGAUGCUGGGAAAAACAGCAGGAGCGCCAUCAGAAAAAUCAAAAUCACAAAAGCCAGCAACAGUUUCACAUUCCGAUUUCGAUUCCGAAUCAGUUAACUUUCCGCGGCGCGACGUGUGAAUACAUAAAAUAAAUUACAAGAAAAGAUAAAUAAGCCACAAAAACCGAGGCUCAGAUUCCGCACAAACAGAAAGUAACAAACACCCACACGCGAAAUAUCUCGAUCGUCAUAAAUCAAUCCGUCGAGUGUGCUUUCAGAUCCACCGAAAUUAGAGGCAAUUACCACUGAUAAGAAUGAUGAAAGCCACAGCGUGGUUUUGUCCGGUGUUAUUAACUUUACUGUGUGCCACAAGGCUCGUCUGCACGGCCCAAAGGGGAGGAGGAGGAGGAGCGGGAUCAGGACUGGGAUCGGGAGCAGAGGUCGGCGGAAGCGGCCGCACAAACGGAUAUCCUCUGGACUACCCCGAUGCACGGAACACACAGGAUGACUUUCUGCUGGCCAAGAGAAACAAACCGUCGCUGUCCAUUGUCAAUCCCCUGGAUGUGCUGCGUCAGCGGCUCCUCCUGGAAAUCGCACGCAGGCAAAUGAAGGAGAACUCGCGCCAGGUUGAACUGAACCGCGCCAUCCUGAAGAACGUGGGCAAACGAGUCCUGCUGCGAGGAGCAGGAUCGCCAAAGGUGAGCAGGCGCUACCGCCAGCAGUGGCCAGUCGAGCGGGAACUGGAGCGGGAUGGAGUGCCUGUGCCCGAGGAGCAGCUGGACCGUCAACAGCUGCUGCCCUGGAAGCAUUUCCCCAGCCAACUGUGGAGCUACGGAUGGUCCCAGUCGCCCUACCCUUAUCCCGCAUCGUCACAGUUUGCGGAUUCCCUGCAAUCAACAUCGAGUCGACCACUCGCAGGUCAGAAGGCAGCCGCAGCUGCUCAGCAGUUGCUCAGCUAUGCGAAGAAAUCUCUGGACGUGGCCGGAAUGGGUCUGGCCAGGCAUCGGGUCAACGGAAAUGAAGCUAACGAAACAAAUCAUGAACACGAGAAUGGGAAUGGGAAUGGUUAUGGGAAUGCGAAUGCGAAUGGGAUUGUGAAUGAGAAUGAAACUGAAAAUGACGACGGCAAUGGGGCCAGUAAAAACCCGGCGAGAUAUGUGGAUGACGAUGAGGAAAACUACAAUGACGUGGGACCAGAGGGAGUGGGAGUGGGUAUGGGAUUGGGCUUGGGUCUGGAGAGGUUCGAUGCGUUCGAGGACAAGCCCAACUGGGCCAACGAGGAGGAACUGGUGACUUCUGGCGGCGGCUUGGGAGUGGGAAGCCGAGGAGUGGCAAAUGGCAAUGCAAAUGACCGACUGCCCUGGUCCUUCCCCUACCGCUUUCACAAAAGCCAGCAUAAUGUUAAUUAAGUAAGUGAGGAUUGAGAUGCAAGUAUACAGAUACGGAUACAUAUAUAGAUAAAGCUACUGAUACAGAUACAGAUAUAUAAUACCGAUACGGAUACAAUACGAUAGGGGCACUCGACAGCUUGGUGGUGCUAGAUGCUAGCUGCUAGAGGCUAGCUGCUAGAGGCUAAAUGGUUAUUAAUGCAAAUCGACGGUUCCUAAUGGCUGGCUACAAGGCAGGCAUGUUGUGUGUGCACAUACUCCCUUGAUGACAAAUGACAAAGACAAACUUACUCCCACGUUGCUAGAUGUAUUCGCAUUUGAACUCUAUUUUAUCGAAAAUAACCAACGGUGUAUGUAACGAUUUAUGCUACCUCUCUCGCAGAUACUGUUGAAAAUAAAGCCCCCGAUUAAUGUCAAACAUACCCACUUUACUAGAUCGAAAACGAAACUUUUACUAAUACACCGAAGCUAUGGCGAACAAACAAUUCUAAGGAUUAUAAACGUAAAUGCAUGCGUAAUUGAUAGUGAUCUAUGUGUAAUUUUAAUAAUUGUUUUUAACGAUUAAAGUUAAUUAAUCAAUCGCAUGCAGUAUUGACCUGUCGAAUCAGAUUUCACGU